AUGAAUACAACAAGGAAGAGUAGUUUUCGUAUAAAUGACCUUCUUGCGGCUUUUAAACAACCAAAUUUACCAGUGAAACAGUCAACUUCUAUUCCACCAUCAGUAUCACUUAAUUUAUUUCAAUCAAUUAGCCAACUUACAUCGAAUAAAGUUGAACUAAAUCCAUUUAUCUUUCCUGGCAUGAAUUUGCAUACUUAUUUCAAUAAUGUACAAUUAUUAAAGCAUUGCCGUCGUCGAAAAGCUCGGACCGUAUUUACGGAUCAACAAUUAAAUGAACUUGAAAAACGGUUUGAGAAUCAAAAGUAUCUAAGUACACCAGAUCGUUAUGACUUGGCUAAUUCGCUUAAUUUAUCAGAAGCACAGGUUAAAACAUGGUUUCAAAAUCGUCGAAUGAAAGAUAAAAAAGGGGCUCGUCGACAAAUGCAAAAUAUAUCGAAUAGACCAUUGUCAGAAGAUGGGGACGAAAAAAAUGAUAUUGACGUUGUGAGCAGUGAUGAUUGUUAA